CUGAAUGGAAUCUCCAUCUCGUUUUGUCAGCUUCAGAAUGAAGAAAUCGAACGCUCUAAGAAGAAUUUAAGAAUUUAUGUGUCUCCGACCGCAGAAUAUGGAACGGCGAUCGACUUAAACAAGGGCUAUGAGCAGUUCGUUAACCGCGGUGCCUCAUAUUCGAUCGAACCUCUCUUGAAAUGGGUACGGUCGGUUCGCGAGGAGAAGAAGAGCAGUGGAGAACCUGGCUCCGACUUUCUCUGUUGGCGAGGCUUGCUGAGUCGAAUAGCCGGUUCCCCUUAUGAGCGAAGUGACGGAUGGAUGUUCGCCGUCGUUCGCGUCUGCGAUGUGUACUUACUGUGUGAAUUUGCUACAGCCGAGAAGCUGCUCGAGGAACAGUCGAUGUCUGAGCGCGAGCGUCGCAUGUGCUACUGGGGCUACUCGUUCGAAACUCAGGUCACAGGCACCAACGACGGCAGUGCGAGCGAUCGUUCGUCGCAACCAGUGCAGACCGGCGAGCAGUACUGUUCGGUCAUCAUCACUCGGUUGGACACCAACCGAUUGCUGUACGGCUGUGAGGUGGACUGCAUUGACCGAGACUCACGCGAGUACGUCGAAUUGAAGGUCUGUCUUCGCACCACAUUUCUGCAUCGCUUCCGAAAGUGGUGGCUUCAGUGUUUCCUUGGCGGGAUCAGGACUUUAGUCUGCGGCUAUCGAUCCGAUCAGGGCAUCAUCCAGACCAUCAAGACGAUCCCGGUCGAUGACCUUCCUCGAUUGGCCCGGGAGUUUUGGUCUGCAACUGUUCUCUUCAACUUCCUGUCGCGAGUGCUCCAGUUUGUCCGAGAGACCGUUAUUGAAAAUGAUGCUACCGCCGUUUAUGUGUUCCACUGGAACCCCCGAAUGGCUACCGUUGGAUUCUACCGUUCGGAUGACAGUCAGUUUGAUUUUUUGCCCGAUUGGUUUCGCUCAGAAUUUGUACUAUAA